GCACUUUUCCUGUUUUUAUCCAUGACACUGGUUGCGCAUUUGUAAAAGCAAUGCAACAUGGCUCGUUAAAAGCACAAAGCGAAACAAAGAAAGUAUCAUUAAAUUUAAAACAGGCAAUAAAGAAACAAAGAAAGUUAUUGAAGAUCGGAAGUGAUUUCAGUGCGUAAACAAAAUAAAUAAAUAUCUUUCAUCAUUUGAUUAACAACAAGUCAGAUAACAAUCCAAGUGCAUUGUGUAAUAAGUAAAUAUAGGCAACAUAUUUCUCCAAUAAUUCAAACGAAAAUUUAUCCAAACAGAGUGCAUUUGGUGACAAGGAAUAGUUGAUUGGCUGCAACGACCAAACAUAAAAUCGUAUGCACAUAGCAACAACCGCUUCCAAUUGGGGUGGAGAAAGUGUGAACAAGUGGCUAAAUUCCUAAUGCCAUCAGGAAGCAGGUUGUAGACAUCACUUGCAGCAAACGCAUUAAACGACCGUUUACUGGUUGCAGUAAUCACAUAAUUGUAAUGUAUUAAUCGCGCCGCAUCUUGCCAGUCAACGAAAGCCAUGAGCAUACGCACAAGGGCACUAGUCUUUUCAACCUUCUUCGGGAGUUGCAUCGCAAUUGGACUCCUGCUGGUCAGUCUAACAACAAAUCAUUGGGUGCGUGCCUAUCCGAAACGGAUCAAUUCAACAGAUUCUAAAGGUGAUAUUAACUUUGGCUUAUUUUAUGGUAACAAAGAUCUAAACUAUGGCUUUGGUGUUCGCACCACACCUAUCAUUGUAUACACAUUCGAUCAAAAUGGGCCGGAAACUAUGAAUUUUUGGCUAUGGCUGAUUACAGCUUUGGGUACUGGCUUUGGCUUGCUUACAUGUGCAAUUUCGGCAAUUGCCGCCGUGUUAAAGGCCGCAUCAGCAGCAAAGCGUCCUGCAACUAUGGUACUACUUUUCGCUUCCAAUAUAUCAUCGGCAGCCGCUCAGGUGAUCGCUUUCGUUUGUUGGCUUGUUCAGUUCUAUCAAUAUCUGCAGCAAAAUGUACUUGCUGUACAAGAUCGUCAUUGGUAUAGUCAUGGCUUAGCUUAUUUGGGGUACAGCUUUUAUUUGGUAAUCGCAUCUACACUUGUUGUUAUAUUAAAUAUUAUCAUAUUACUGCAUGCUAAACGUCGUGAGCGAGCCGAUCGCCAAAGACUUGAGCCUCCUAGUGAGGAGAAGAAUCAAGGCGCCAUAAUGUUAUACUAAAAGCUAAUGCUUUAUCCUCAUAGAAAUAUUUUUAGUAAAAAAAAAUCAACUGAUGUUAAUUUAUUAUUAAUUAGCGUGAUUAUUGAAUCUCAUACCGCAAUUGAUCAUACUCGGAAAUUGAUUUAUUUCCCAAAAAGGAGGUAAUUUCGUAUCCAUAUUCAUAAAUGUAUAAUUAUGUAUGCAAAUAUGUACACACAAGGUCAAAAUAAUAAGUACUUUCCUUUAGCCUGAAAUCGUGGUUAAAUUUUGAAUGUUUCGUGAAGUAAACAAAUGAAACUUGGCGAGAGACUUCAAUUGAUAAUAAUUGAUGUCAAAAAGAAUUUUAGAAGUAAUUGAAAAUAAUGGCCGAAAUACUAGAUAAUGAUGAAAAAGGUAAGCAAAAAUCAAAUAGGGCACAGAAAACUGAAACUAAUACAUUUUUUCAGUCACAGCUACCUGAUGGACUUAUUAUUUUUUCCAUCCAUUUCUAUAGCCUUUUAUCUUCUAGAAAUGUAAGUUCAAAUUUAAAUUUUUAUUACUAAUAUCAUUAUUUCUUUUAUUUAAACGUUAAAAGAAAUGAAAUGUAAUUUUCUAUCUCUCCAAACAUGAGCAAAAAUGAGUUUAUUAUUCAUUGAAAGCCAUACGUAUGUAUGUAUGUACUUAUUAUUUUGACUAUGUGUGUAUAUAUAAUAGGUGAAUAGCAUUUAAAGUGUGUGCACUGUAUGUUUUGUGCAAACAUAUUUUACGAUAUACUCUACUACUUUAUUGGACUGCCUACUUUGUCAACCACUUAUUUUAUUCCUAUCUCGGGUUUCCGUUGAAUCUACUUGUAAUAUUAAAAUAAUAUUUUUUAAAUAAAUUGAAUUUUAGAGUAAAUGACUCGAUAAA